GGCGGAGCCUUACUUUGAACCCAAUUGGCGGGAGUUGCGGCUCUAGCAGGGGCCUUAGGCGCUGCUGCGGUCUUGCAUCCUGGCUGGCCUGCAAUGGAGCCCACCGCGGGCAGCGAAAUGGAGAGCGGAGGAGGCCCGGCAACUGGGGCGUGUGUGACUAGGAUCCCGGUGCCCAGACCUCCAUCCAUUGAGGAGUUUACCAUAGUGAAGCCCAUCAGCCGUGGCGCCUUCGGGAAGGUGUAUCUGGGGCAGAAAGGCGACAGGUUGUAUGCGGUGAAGGUUGUCAAAAAAGCAGACAUGAUCAACAAAAAUAUGACUCAUCAAGUACAAGCUGAGAGGGAUGCGCUGGCCCUAAGCAAAAGUCCUUUCAUUGUUCAUUUGUACUAUUCACUACAGUCAGCAAACAAUGUUUACUUGGUAAUGGAGUAUCUCAUUGGUGGAGAUGUCAAGUCUCUCCUACACAUAUAUGGUUAUUUUGAUGAAGAGAUGGCUGUGAAAUAUAUUUCUGAAGUAGCACUGGCUCUAGACUAUCUCCAUAGACAUGGGAUCAUCCACAGGGAUUUGAAACCAGACAAUAUGCUUAUUUCUAACGAAGGUCAUAUUAAACUAACAGAUUUUGGCCUUUCCAAAGUUACUUUGAAUAGAGAUAUCAAUAUGAUGGAUAUUCUCACAACACCAUCCAUGGCUAAACCUAGACAAGACUAUUCAAGAACCCCAGGACAAGUAUUAUCUCUCAUCAGUUCUUUGGGAUUUCACACACCAGUUGCAGAAAAAAAUCUAGACCCUGCAAAUAUUCUUUCAACUCAUGCAUCUGAAACAUCACAGCUUUCUCAAGGACCAACUUGUCCUAUGUCUAUAGAUCAAAAGGAUAUUACUCCUUAUUCUAGCAAACUGCUAAAAUCAUGUCUUGAAACAGUUGCCUCCCACCCACAGAUGCCUGUAAAGUGUCUGACUUCCCAUCUACUCCAGUCGAGGAAGAGGCUCGCAACAUCCAGCACCAGCAGUCAGUCCCACACCUUCAUCUCUAGUGUGGAAUCCGAGUGCCACAGCAGUCCCAGAUGGGAAAAGGAUUGCCAGGAAAGUGACAACACAGUGGGCUCUACAGUAAUGAGUUGGAAUACAGCUGAAAAGCCUUCGUGUACACAUUCUACAAAUGCUGCAGAGAGCAAAAGUUUCAAUAAAAGAGAUUUUGAGUUAGCCCUUUCUCCCAUUCAUAAUAGCAGUGCCAUUCCUGCCCCUGGAAACUCUUCUGUCAACCUUGCUAAAGAAAGCUCCUCUGGGAAUGUUUCUUGGGAAGCAAGAGAACUGGAUAUAAAUAAUAUUAAUGUGGCUGCUGGCACAAGGCAGUCACGUCAGUGGACUGUGGAUUCCAGUGGGAUAACUGAAGAGCACCUUGGGAAAAGAAGUUGUAAAAGAAGUUUUGAGUUAGUUGACUCCAGUCCUUGUCAGGAAAUUAUCCAGAAUAAAAAAAAUUGUGUAGAGUAUAAGCACAGUAAUGAAAUGAAAGACUGUUACACAAAUCAAAGGACAGGCUUAACAACUGAAGUCCAGGACCUUAAGCUGUCGGUGUACGGAGAUCAGCAAAACGACUGUGCUAAUAAGGAGAACAUGGGCAAUACUUUUAGUGAUAAACAACAAACCCCAGAGAAGUCACCUAUCCCAAUGAUAGCAAAAAACCUCAUGUGUGAACUGGAUGAUGAUUGUGACAAGAAUAGUAAGAAGGACUACUUAAGUUCUAGUUUUCUAUGUUCUGAUGAUGAUAGAACUCCUAAAAGUAUUCACAUGGACUCUGAUUCAUCUUUCCCUGGCAUUUCCAUGAUGGAAAGUCCAUUAGGAAGGCAGUCCUUAGAUCCAGAUAAAAGCAUCAAAGAAUCCUCUUUGGAAGGGUCAAAUAUUGAAGACCUCCUGCCUACAUCGCCCAGCUGCCAAGAAGGUACCCUGCUAAGAGGCGAUGAGAAUCCUGCCCACCAAGACAGCAACCCAAAAAUGUUAGCUCCUUCUUCAGAAGUGUUGAAAACAUUAACCUCUAAAAGAAAUGCGGUGGCCUUUCGGAGUUUUAACAGUCAUAUUAAUGCAUCCACCAGCUCAGAACCGUCCAAAAUGAGCAUUACCUCUUUAGAUGUAAUGGAUAUGUCGUGUGCCUAUAGUGGUUCCUACCCCAUGACUCUCACCCCUACUCAGAAAGAAAGGUCCUACAUGCCAUAUCAGACCCCUAAUCAAGCCAAGUCAGGAACUCCAUACAGAACUCCAAAGAGUGUGAGAAGAGGAGCAGCCCCAGUGGAUGAUGGGCGAAUUCUGGGAACCCCUGACUACCUCGCACCUGAGCUGCUAUUAGGCAGGACCCAUGGUUCUGCGGUAGACUGGUGGGCACUUGGAGUUUGCUUGUUUGAGUUUCUAACAGGAAUUCCCCCUUUCAAUGAUGAAACACCACAACAAGUAUUCCAGAAUAUUCUGAAAAGAGAUAUCCCUUGGCCUGAAGGUGAAGAAAAGUUAUCUGAUAAUGCUCAAAGUGCAGUAGAUAUACUCUUAACCAUUGAUAAUACAAAGAGAGCUGGAAUGAAAGAACUGAAACAUCAUCCUCUCUUCAAUGACGUGGACUGGGAAAAUCUACAGCACCAAACUAUGCCUUUCAUACCCCAACCAGAUGAUGAAACAGAUACAUCUUAUUUUGAAGCCAGGAAUACUGCUCAGCACCUGACAGUUUCUGGAUUUAGCCUAUAACGCAUACAUUUUUCCUUUACUCUAACUUUGCCUUAUAGAAAAAGCUAGCAUCAUUACAUAUGCCUUAACACUAGAUUGAUCUGAGGGCCAAAAAAAGUACUGUUUUACCUGGAUCAAUGAGCUUUUCAUGUAUGCUACAGCUUUCACAGUGUUAAAAAGAUACCGAAAACAUAAUCAGUGAUUUAUCUUAAUCUCAGAGUUGUAUAUAGGUCUUCGGAGCUUUUCUCAUCCUAUUUAUUUUGUUCCUGCACUUUAUGACAAUUAAUGCAUCAACAGAACUAGAAUGACCCUAUUGCUUUAGAGAAAGAGUGAGCCUGGAGCUUGAUUUCCUUUCUCAUCUGUUGAUUUCAGUCCACCAUUCAGUUUGGUGUUAAUAUAACGAAAACAUUGUACAAUUUCAUUUUACUGUAAUUUAUCUGUACCUGAUUGUCUGCAACUCAAGGGCUAUCAUUUAAGGCUGUAAUUGUGACCUCAGAAAUGCAGCUGGAAAAUUCCUUCACUCAGUACUGUAACUCCUCUCAGGAAUGAGGAAUAAACAAAAGGACUAAGGUUUUGGUUUUCUUUUCUAUGAAUACAAUUUUCCUGCCUUGACUGCUUCUGGUGCUUUCUCUACAAUACAUAUUUGUGUAAUAUAAUAUUGGCAACCUAAGAUGUGAUAUACUGUAGCAAUUUUAACAGCUUGUUCAAUUUUAAUAAAAAAUGUGGUUUACAUUUUAAGUG